CCACUCAGAUUUAAUUGGUAAUAAAUUAAUUUUUCCCAAGUUGAAUCUGUUUUGUUUGUGAUGGUAAUUGGUGAAUGAUCUCCCCUCCUUAUAUCUGUUAUGAAUGGACUAGGAGACCAGCUCCAAAGUGAUUUCAGCUUUUAUUAAAAAAAGUAAAAUAGCCUUUGUAGCAGGAUUUUUGGAGACAGACAAAGAGAGGCCUGACAAUGCUGGGAAAGUUCUAUUGUUUUAGCACUGUCAAGGACGUUGAGCCUGAGAACCAAGACACUGAGCCUGAGAACCAGCUUUUUCCCUCAACAAAAUUGAAAAACAAGUAACUGCAAAGGAAUGCUUAUGCCGAUAACACUAGUCAAUAGCUAGUAGCAAAAUGCCGUGUGAACAGCUUAUGCACAAGAAUGAUAUAUGUAUAAAAGAACCCUGUGUACCCUCAAUAAAUGGAGCAUUUGCCACUACUUCUGUGAAGGUGUUUGACUCUGGCUGUUCCCCGUGUUUUUGUUUUCGUUUUGUUUUUCUUUCUUUUCAAAAAUCACCUUCAAUUGGCGCCUGAACUUCGGACCUUGGGGUGACGACCCGGAGGAGAAAUUAGCAGUGGGAUGCUGAGCGGUUGGACGCUGAACUCGCCGACAGAUGCAGCUGCAUUGAGCACUGAAAUGGCUCAGGAAACAAACCAGACCCCAGGGCCCAUGCUGUGUAGUACAGGAUGUGGAUUUUAUGGAAAUCCUAGAACAAAUGGCAUGUGUUCUGUUUGCUACAAAGAACAUCUUCAGCGACAGCAGAAUAGUGGUAGAAUCAACCCAAUGGGUAAAGGGACAGCUAGUGGUUCAAACAGUCCUAUCUCAGACUCUCCAUCUGUACAGAGAGCAGAUGCUAGUUUAAGCAACUGUGAAGGUACUGCUAGUAGUACAUCUGGAAAAUCAAGAAAUGUGCCUGUUGCUGCUUUGCCUGUAAUGCAGCAAAUGACAGAAAUGAGCAUUUCAAGAGAGGAGAAAGUAUCACCAAAAACAGACAUCGAGCCAGUUAUUACUCAACCAAGCCCAUCAGUUUCUCAACCUAGUACUUCACAGUGUGAAGAGAAAGCUUCUGAACUGCCUAAACCAAAGAAGAACAGAUGUUUCAUAUGCAGAAAGAAGGUUGGCCUUACGGGGUUUGAUUGCCGAUGUGGAAACUUAUUUUGUGGACUUCACCGUUAUUCUGACAAGCAUAACUGUCCGUAUGAUUACAAAGCAGAAGCUGCAGCAAAAAUCAGGAAAGAGAAUCCAGUUGUGGUGGCUGAAAAAAUCCAGAGAAUAUAAACUAGUCUAUUUGUGAAAAGACUGCCUUUUAUUUGUUUUAUUUUAAUAUGCCCUAUGAAAGCAUUAAAGAGCAGAUGCAUGGCCAUUUUCCUUUGUUCUCCAAAGUUUUAAUUUUAGCCUUGUCUGUCUUAAUGUUUUUUCACAAUGUUUGGGUGUUUGUUACAGGCAGAAUUGGAUAGAUACAGUCCUUGAAAAUGUAUAUGCUCUCCUCAGACUAUGAUUGGAUGGCUACAACCUGCACAGGAAUACACAUGCACAGAAGACAGGCUCUAGUUCACAUGUGUUAAACAGAUGUUUUCUUCAUGUUUGCAGCAGAUCUGCCUUUUGAGAUGUUCAAGGUGUUUAUGACUAGCCAAAGACUGUCCUGUUUGGGAGAAGGAUAUGUCAGAAAGACUGAUGGUCUACUUCUAGCCAUUUAAAAUCUUAUACUUUUAGUUUCCACGCUCCAUUGUAUUCCAGCAGAAUAUAAGACAUGUAGAGGGCUCUACCAUCCAGUAAGAUGAGUGUUGGUGCCAUAUUUAAUAAAAAGUCAUUUAGCAAUUGCAAUAAGAAAAAUGAAAAAAAAUCAGAUAUGUAUGAGAAGAAAACUAUUUUAGAACAGAUAACAUUAACUUUAGAAUAAUGAAAAUUAUAAUAAUUUCCCAAAGGAAAUGUCUUGUUAGAAACUUAAGAACUGUCCUGCAACAGUUGUCUGCUUUUCCUUGCAUAGCUAAUAAUGUUGUGUAGCACAAUAUUGUGCUAAGACUGACUUAGAAAACAAAAGCUAUGGGUGGGAUUUUUAGACAUACCACAGCAACUCUAUCAAGUGACACAUGCAUCUGUGUAAGUUGCAGAAGUAUUUGAGCAGUUUAUUAUUCAUGUGCUUCUUAAAUUCAGCACGUUCUGGGUUCAAAAGACUAUUAGGAUCUUUUUUCAGUUAAGAGAAAAAGAGUUUUAAAUGUAACAAUAGUUGUGUAUUUGAAUCAUACCCAACAUGACUUGUAGAUUUAAGUGGGAGCUGGAACCACUCUUGGAAGGCUGUUUUAUAAUUUUUAAUUGUAUUUGGGUGUAGGACUAGUGUUCUUGGGUGUAUUGCAUGGGCUUCAUUAUCUACAGCUUUGUAUAAUAACUAGAAAGGACAGUAUAGUUCACUGAUGCUUGUGUGGUAAUAUCAUUUCUGUGUUAUAAUGGAAAGGGGUUUUGUGAUGUAUAAAAUUGUGGUGGUUUUUUAUAUAAUCGAGUAUAGUGUAGACUAGUGUUGUAAUGCCUCCUCAUGUGUAUGUACACAAGAUGCUACUUAUGUUUUUUAUUGCAGUGUUCAAUCAGUUUUUUAGUUCACUAUUAAAAAAUCAAUUUUUUGCUUUUAAUUUGUUCUUUCAAUUUAGUUAUCAGAUAUGCAAGCAUGUACAGAUAGUUCAUACUUAGGUAUUGCACAUAAUCACACUAUCCAGCAUCUAUGCUCUGCCGUAUUAUGUAAAUAAUAAAAAUCACGUACAGAAGGAAA